GACACCCCCUGUAUCUAGGCAAUGGUACACAUUUGUGGUCAUGUGACCAUUAUGUUUUCAAGCCCCUUCCAUGUCCCCUUGGCCAUGAAGGAGAGAACCUCCUGGGGCUGUGAGUUAAGUUUAAGGACUACUUCAUGAUAGGAGCACCUCAAGGAGCCAAAAGUACCUCCACCAGAACGGGAUGGAUGAAUGAAGACACCUGGCCUGAGUUCCUUGAUCACCUGAUACAGCACACUAACUGCACCCCUGACCGUCCCAUGCUGCUUAUCCUGGAUAAUUUUAAGGCUCACAUCUCACUCAAAGCAGUAGAAAUAGCCAAGAGCAACGGUAUUGUUCUGCUCACUCUCCCUCCCCACACAUCCCAUCGCAUGCAGCCUCUCGACGUGACCCUGUAUGGCCCGUUCAAGACCCAAUACAGCCAAGCUCUUGAUGGGUGGAUGAGAUCUAACCCUGGAAAAACAGUCUCCAUCUACCAGAUUGCACGACCUGUGAAUGAGGCCUUCAUGUCAGCAGUGACACCACGCAACAUCACUUCUGGAUUUAGGUCCAAUGGGAUUUUCCCAUAUAACCGAGACAUUUUCCCUGAUGGAGCGUUUGCACCAUCCAUGGUGUCAGACCGGCCAAACCCUGAGCUGCAGCCUGCCACUGCAGAUGAUCCGGAUGGUCCACCCACUGCAGCUGGUCCACCCGCUGCAGAUGGUCCACAUGGCUGUGCCCCGCCAGCUGACAGAUGUGCCACGUGUUCCCAACCGACCUGGUUGUUCCUGGCUGUCUUGGAGUUUCUGUCCCCAGUAUGCUCUGUGUGCUGAAAACUUGUGGAGACUAGUUGACAUCACGGCUGAUGGGGAGUGAGCUAUAGGAAAAACGUGCAAAAACCGUUAUUGUCUAAAGUAGAUGAAGACGACAAAUGUGCAUAAAUAUUCAAUCCCAUACCUAAGACUACCCUUCCAUGGCUGUCAAACUGCAAUGAAACAUCUGGAGGAACAAUCUUGCUGUACUGAUUUUUGAUUUUUUGGUUCCUUGCCAAGUUGUAAUGGUGGAGAAUUUUUCUUUGUAGAAAAAUGUGUGUUGAUGGGGUUGUCUGAUUUAAAAAGUUGUUGUUUUUUCUCAUCCCUGAAACAGCUGCUCCGCACACUGGCCGUUAAUAAGACCAGCAAGUUCAGGCACAAGCUCCAGCUUUCUUAGAACCUCACACUGGUCUUUGCUAUUCCCCCGGUGGAACACAUCGUUCGAAGCAAAAUACUGUGAGGAUCCAGUGAGAGGGUGACCAUCUUUGUCAGCUGGCUUUUUUUUUUAAAUUUCAUCCAAGGCAAGUUGACAUGGACCUUUCCCUCUGAGGCCUGCUUCACGUUCUCUGGGGUGCGAUCCAGUAACCUUCCCUGAAAAGGGACAAAUAUUCCUGGCUGCCUGCGGUUGGCAUGCAGUGCCAGACCCCUGGCAUAAUCAUACAAAGCCACAUUGGGGAGGUGUUUCCAGGACAGCAAGAGAUCCACAAAGUCACGUGGACUCUCUGCUCUAAGGUUGAAUUUGACUGAAAACACAUCCCCACAUGGGCAAGUGAUAACUGCCCAACCACCUGUGAAAC